AGUUGGCUACGAGCCGUAGCACCGGGUGCUACGACGUAGUACGUCUCUCAGUUCUAACAGCACGUGCACUAAAGAAAUCAAAUUUUUGUGUGUGCAAUUUAGUAUAUGCAGUGUAUUUUUUCGUGAAAUAUAAUUGUAUACAUAUUUUUUUAAAUAGUUGUGCUUGAAUGAAGUUAGCGUUUCAGAGCAUAUUCAAUAUUUUAUUAGAAUUAGCACAUAUUACCCUAAAAAGUGUGAAUUUAAAUAAUAUUUCAUUUAUUUCAUUUCGUCCCGAAUUAAAAUUUUGGCAUCUUCGCUGCCACUAGGGAUUAAACUAAGCUGGAUUUAGGUAGCAAAACAAAAUGUGUUCUACAAUGUGGUUUGUAUGUGCUAUCAUAUUUGUGGUCGCGGACAUCAGAACGGGAGCCCUUCAACAGCACGGAAUGAAGCCCCAGCAAUGUCAUCAAUGUACCGCGAGCAACACAACGAGCUGCGAGCUACACACUGAUUGGACAAACAUCGUAUGCCCAAACGACCGACCGCAUUGUGGGACCAUCGCUACGGGACCACGAUUUGCGUCUUCAUUAACCUGUUCAGCAACUAAUAACACAUCGUGCUCGUUAGUAUAUUCCACUGGAACUACACUUGAGCUAACCUGUACAUGCCUGGAGAAAUUUUGCAACCUUCCAUUUGCACCGAAACUACAGACUGAACUACUCAAUUUUUCAUCUAAGUACAACGACAGCGAGAAUCUUACGGAAACUUUCUUCAAAAGGUCGAUAUUUGCUAACUCGACUGACUUAAGUCUUUAUAAAGAGAUAACGAGUGAACUGGAAGAAGCUACUGAAUUGCCAAUGAGGAAUAGUUCACAGCAUACCACGUUUUCAAUGACGACUACUACUUUGGUGAUCGAAAAUGUUUCAAAACAUCCGGAAGUUAUGCCUCAUCCUAUUGCACUCAAGCAAAAUCCGUCAGUUCCAUCUGACGAUGACGAAGACGAAAGUGAAGGAAGUGGUUCAUAUGAAGAACCUAGAUCACGCAACCAUGCAUCUUCCGUACCUGCAGCACCUAGUUCCUUCCUACCCGCGAAUGAAAGCAACGCUGCGUCUUUACCUAAAGUCUCCUGUUCUAUUUUGCUGUUAGUUAUAAAUAUGGUACUGUAGAAAUAAUGUGUGCAAUCUUCAGAGAUAAAAAAAAAAAUCAUUUAUUAAUAAAAUUGAAAACAAAAUUCAUUUAGCUUCAAUCUUUUGGGAACAAAUGGGAAUCUACAAGGGGGCAUUUUUGUAGAACCUAUUAAGUUUAUUAUCACUUGGAUUAUGUCAGUUCAAAUUUUUUUUCUCUCGUCAUUAAUGUAUUUUAUUUCGAAGUAUAAUAAGAUAACUUUUGUCCCACAUCACGUUCAUUUUAUUUGUUUUAUUUAAGUGUUUACUUCCAUGACGAUUUUCUUGGGAAAGUAGUUGCAGUGGUUUCCCCUUGCCUUCUGCACCAGACUUUUUGAGGUUAUUUAUACCCCAAGGCCUCUGAAGCCUCUUCUGACCACUGGCCAGGAUUAUGGUUAUACCGCCACUACUCGACGAUCACGACCACUCUGUCAAGAGUGACACGACUGAGAAGAAUUUAAGUGUUGGUUAUGUGAUACACAAAACCCACGUGCCAAACGUAGCAUUGUAAAUAUAGAUGUUUUAUUUAUCAUGCAAGAAUGUUGGAUACUAAAUUGGUGUUACGUGUUCAAGAAUAUAGGAUAAGAUACGUUUUUUCCAAGGAAUAGGAUAUAAAAUAUAGUAUUAGUACUGUAUUCGAAAUAUUUUCCGAUUUAGACAUGCUAAUAGUUUCAUUAUUAUAAAUUUAUCGAAAAUUAAAUAUUAUCACAUUUUACUUAAUAUUAAUGUAUUCUAUUUACCUACACUGUAUUUUGAAGUAAAAAUAAAAGUAGAAUGUUUAUGUAAUUUAUGAAUAAUUUGUUUAAAUAUUAUUUACUACGUUAAAGUAAAACUUUUACGGUAAGAAGAUGUUAUUUAAAACAAAGCGAUACUUUGGAUGACGAUAACUAUAUUUGUAAAUAUUUUAUUCAAUGCAACGAACCCGCAUAUUACUUGGAAACAUUAAUUUGGCAAUUAAAUUUUUUAAUAUUAGGUACUUAGGCAAGGCAGAUUAUAGAAGCAAUUUAAAAAUCUGUCAUUGAAUAAAUUACGUUUUAAAACACAUUACUUAAAUGAAUUAUUUUAUUAUGUAUGUCUAAUGAAACAGCAGCUUCAUGAUGGAUAUAAACAUUGAAUUUAUUCAUAUGAUCGUAAUGUUACUGCAUUAGAAUGCUCACACAUAUGGAUAGUGUCAAUUAAAACCACUAUACUAAAUAUGAUUAUAUUAUGAAUUUCUGAAUAAUAAACAAUAAUUCAAA